AUGAGGGGCCUGCUGAUUUUAAGUGUGUUGCUGGGGGCUGUUUUUGGCACUAAGGACUUUGUGGGGCACCAGGUGCUCCGAAUCUCUACAGCCAGUGAAGUCCAGGUGCAGAAGGUGAAGCAGCUGGAGGACCUGGAGCACUUGCAGCUGGAUUUCUGGAGGCACCCUGCCAGGCCUGGCAUCCCCAUCGACGUCCGAGUGCCCUUCCCCAGCCUCCAGGCUGUCAAAAUCUUCCUGGAGUCCCACGGCAUCAGCUAUGAGAUUAUGAUCAAGGACGUGCAGCUGCUUCUGGAUGAGGAACAGGAGCAGAUGGCCACUGUCCAGACCCGGGCCGCGUCUACUGAUGCAUUUAAUUAUGCCACCUACCACACCCUGGAGGAGAUCUAUGACUUCAUAGACCUGCUGGUAGCUGAGCACCCCCAGCUUGUCAGCAAGAUCCAGAUUGGUAGCAGCUACGAAGAUCGUCCCAUCUAUGUGCUGAAGUUCAGCACUGGAGGUAGCAACCGUCCAGCCAUCUGGAUUGACACGGGCAUCCAUUCCCGGGAGUGGGUCACCCAGGCCAGUGGGGUCUGGUUUGCAAAGAAGAUCACUGAAGACUAUGGCCAGGACCCAACGGUCACUGCCAUUCUUGACAACAUGGACAUCUUCCUGGAGAUCAUCACUAACCCUGAUGGUUUUGCCUACACCCACAGCACGAAUCGCAUGUGGCGCAAGACUCGAUCCCUCGUACCGGGCUCCAACUGUGUUGGGGUGGACCCCAACAGGAACUGGGACGCUGGCUUUGGGGAGAGCGGAGCCAGUGAUAACCCCUGCUCGGAGACGUACCGUGGCAAGUCUCCCAACUCUGAAGUGGAGGUCAAGUCCAUUGUGGACUUUGUGAAGGGCCACGGGAACAUCAAGACCUUCAUCUCCAUCCAUAGCUACUCUCAGCUCCUCCUCUACCCCUAUGGCUACACAUCACAACCAGCCCCUGACCAGAAAGAGCUGGAUCAGGUAGCCAAGUCUGCUGUCAGCCUGGCUUCUCUGUACGGGACCCAGUUCGACUAUGGCAGCAUCAUCACAACAAUUUAUCAAGCCAGUGGCAACACUGUUGACUGGACCUACAAUCAGGGCAUCAAGUACUCUUUCACCUUCGAGCUCCGGGACACUGGGUUCUAUGGCUUCCUGCUGCCUGCCAGGCAGAUCAUCCCCACCGCUCAGGAGACAUGGCUGGCACUUCUGACCAUCAUGGAGUACACCCUGGAGCACCCCUACUGA